CGCUAAUGCAGGUCAUUGCGAAAUCUGAAAAACGACAAAAACCUGCAAAAGAAGUAAUAACAAAAAAAAAAGAAAAAUAGUAGACAUGGAAAUGCAAUAUAUCGAGAAACUCAAUGCUCUCAAUUAUAAAUAUUGGACUAUUAUGACACGCGCUUACCUCGAAAAGGAGGAUCUGAUGGACACCAUCGACAGGAAAGAUCCAGCCUCAAAUACAAUUGCGAAGGAGCGUCGUGCUCGCUUCAUUUUACUUUGCUUAAUUGAGCCUUCAUUUGUACGCGAAUUACCUGACAAUGUUAGGAGCGCAAGAGAGAUAUGGACACAUUUCGCUUUCCGUUAUCGAAGGCGAAGAAGCGCCUCCUGCUCACAUACACCCUAAAAUCAGUCGUCGUUUCAUUUUUUUUUGAUAUGAUAUCAGCUUUCUGUAAUACUUGUCGCUGUUAGCAUAUAAUAUGUUACAACAAAUAAAUGUUAGAGGUUCAAGUUACGUAAUCAUAAA